CGUCAAGCUUCUGUUGGGGUGUGAUGCCGAUACGCAUUACAUGUGUAAUGCGAUUGUUUACUUGGGAAAGGACACAGUGAGGGUGCCGAGAGGACAGACGUUGGGAGAAGUUUUCCCGAUGGACCUUGUGCGACCUUUUCGUCGAAGGGGUCGCACACUGACGACUGAUAACUUCUUGAUGACCUUACCUCUCGCCUUAUGACUCGCUGACGAUGGCAUGUAUUUGUGUGGCACCAUUCGGCAGAAACCUUAUAUCCCUAAGAAACUUUCUGAGAGUGUGCUUCCCGUCAAGGACUCAGUGGCCGUGUUCAGUUACAAACACGAUUUGACUCUCCAGUGUCAGCAAUUCAGCAGGAUUAAGAAGGUGAUGCUGUAGAGGUCCCUGCAUCAUGAUCUGUCUGAAAUCGAAAGACGUAAGACGGACAUUUAGAUGUUUUAUAAUGCAACGGAAGGGGGUGCAGACACAUUCGAUCAGAUGUGUUCUACAGCAAAUUGAGUUCGUGAGACACGACGCUGGUCACUUUGUCUUUUCUACGGGUAUAUAACAUAAUUAUGGUAAAUUCUUAUAUUCUCUAUACGUACAUGCCAUAGGCAUAGAGUAUGACUAGGCGAAGGUUCAUCAAGGAGCUCACCAUUGAAUUUUGUGCUCCCCUAGUAAGUCAUCGGUAUUGCACGUUGACCAACUUGUCAAGGCCCCUGCGUAUCCUGAUGGCGGAUACGUUAACGCUGGCUGAGCCAUUGGCCACAUCAAGCUGCCCAAGUGUGUUCGCUACCAAAGCAGCCUAUCUAGACAAGACCACAAGACAAACACAGCAUGUUUGCGAUGCAACGGGCCCGUCUGCCUACAGAAUCAAACUGUCUUGUGUCCGAAGUAGCAAAUUUGGUAGUCGCACUUGUCGUGGUAGGGGGCCAUUUUGCGGACAUACCCGAAAGGUAGAGAUGUGGUCGUCGUAUUUGUCGUGGCCGGGGGCCAUUUAGUGUACAUAUCCGUUAG